AUGGCUCAAGCACCUCAGUUCACCAGCUACGAGCAUGAAGAUGCCUGGGACGUGAAUUGGCUGCGCGUGGACGAUACCCAUGAAGUUUACUAUCAACAGUUCGGCAAGAAGGAUGGAAAGCCUGUCAUCUAUCUUCAUGGCGGGCCUGGCGGGAACUGCUCCAAAACCAACACCGUCUUCUUCAACCCCUCUGAAUACCGAGUAAUACUACUCGACCAGCGAGGCUGUGGUCAAUCGCGCCCUAAUGCCGACACCACAGACAACACUACCUGGCACCUCGUCGACGAUAUUGAAAAGCUGCGCAAGCACCUGGAAAUCUCCAAAUGGCACAUGGUGUUCGGCGGCUCCUGGGGUUCCACACUUGCCCUCGCAUAUGCGCAGACACACUCCGAGAGCGUAGGAAGUCUGGUUCUGCGUGGCAUCUUCACAGUGCGCGACGUCGAACUCAAGUGGACCAACCAUGCUGGCGGGGUGCAGAUGCUGUUCCCCGACCGUUGGGAGGACUUUAUCAACUUUUUACCAGAGGAAGAACGUUCUGAUCAUAUUAAGAACUACCACAAGCGUCUCAUGUCUUCGGACUCGUCCAUUAGUCAUCCCGCGGCAGCCGCGUGGAAUACGUGGGAACUCUCAAUCAGCACCCUGUAUCCCGAUCCAGAAGCGUACAAGAAACUAAAAGAUCCAGCCUAUCUGCUCGCACAUGCGAGGAUGGAGAUCCACUACUUCAUCAACAAAGCCUGGAUGGAGGACGGGCAGUUGUUGAGGAAGGAGAAUGUGGAUCGGAUCCGGAACAUUCCGACGACCAUCGUGCAGGGCAGGUACGACGUUGUCUGCCCGCCGAUUACAGCGUGGGAGUUGUACAAGCAGUGGCCGGAGAGUAGAUUGCACUUCAUAGACGAUGCUGGGCAUAGUGUAAUGGAGCCCGGGACGAGGAAGAAGUUGACUGAGGUGUGCGACGAAUAUCUCUCUGCCGCGUCGUUCCCUUUCCACAUCGCAGAAGGACCGCCGUCCGAACCAGUCCCCAGCAGCGACAUAACCCUCAACGCCCUCGUCCAGCAUGGCGUGCACAAGAUGGACUGCGAUCGCGCAUUCCUUUCGCUCAUUGAUAAUCGAAAUCAAUUCAUAUGCGCAGAGAUGACGAGGCACCAGUCGCUUUCGAGUGCAGACCCGGCCGAGCCGCUCUUGCUGGGUACUUCCCGGAUCGCCCUCGAAUGGGGCGUGUGCCCAUUCACCAUGUGCAUCUUCCAGGGCAAACCAGUGCCUAUGCCGGAAAGUCCCUACAUCAUUGCCGACAAGUCGUAUUUCUGCAUAAAAGACUUUCGCCAGGUUCCCACAUUUGCCGAGCGCCCGUUCGUGGCUGGCUACCCGCAUAUGGUUUCAUACCUCGAGAUACCGCUGUUUGCAAUGUCUGGGCACAUAUUGGGCAGCUACUGUGUUGUUGACACUAAAGAACGGGACUUUCUGCAUCCCAAGUCUCUGAGCACUCUUCGCGAAACUACCUCGGCUAUCAGUGCAUACCUCGAUAUGCGACGCGCCGAAGCUUUAGCUGUCGACUUGGCUUCUAUGGUCGAGGAUGUCAUUGGGACUGUUUCCGUAGGUCAUGACCAUUCUUCGCGCCUCUCUUCUGGACUCGAUAAAGAGCGUCAAGAUUCGUUGGCUGGAUCGCCCGCAACGGCACAAUCCGAGCCUGUCGUCGUCACCACACACAUUGAAAAGGCCCGUGAUUGGACCUUUGUCAUUGACAAGGGUGCUUGGAAGCGCAUUUUACUUAAUGUGGUCAGCAACGCAUUGAAGUAUACCAAGUCGGGUUACAUUCACGUAGGUCUAGCAUUCGUGGAGGCUGCCGAUGACAGUCAGCCACACAUCAGUCUUUCUGUGACCGACACGGGUGUAGGCAUGAGUGAGGAUUUCCUCAAAUACCAUCUCUUUACACCCUUUACUCAGGAGAAUCUACUAAGUCCAGGAACUGGGCUAGGGUUGAGCUUAGUGAAAAGCAUCGUGGAGUCACUACACGGAACUAUAUCAGUCUCUAGUCGUUUGGGCAAGGGAACGAAGAUCAUCAUCAACAUUCCGGCUAGUCAAAAGGCGCAGAGACCAAAUGCGCCACGUAGAGAGAGCGUUUCCUCUCACGAAUGCCUCAGCGGAAAGGCAAUCGGUAUGCUUAGUCUCUCUCUACCCGAAGAGCAAGGCAAAGAAUUUGCACCCUCUAUCGAUUCGCCUCCCGAAGCGCUGGAGCGGGCCGUUCAAAAUAUCUGCGAGGAUCGCUUCGGCAUGAGGUUCACCACUGUUUCCACAGACACACUCCCGGUUCUGGAUGUACUCCUCAUCGAUCACCAUGCCCUCUCUUCGACACCCACGUACGACUUGAAAACUUUGUUCCCUACGUAUACGGGAGGGACCUACCCGGUCAUGGUCGAUCUGCGCAAUAUUAAAGGCGCACCUCCAGAAUCUGGCACUAGCAAGCCCAUGCACACAGUACUAGUCACUGCAAACUCGCUCGGACCUGCACUCAUCUCGGCUAUGAAGGAUGCCACUAACAAGGAGAUGGCAGACUCGGUGCCGUCCAUAGAAGUCAGAAGCAGACCUAACAUGGAGCCAACAGAGCAAUUAGAACAUGCCGACACAAUCCUAGAGCCAGACCCGCAAACCAAAGUACUUCCACACCGCAGCUUAUCGUUGCAGCGUGUGACACUAGCCGACGCCGCCACAAGUCCUGCUCUACAAGCACCAUUACCAACACAAGCACCUACCCCGCUUACAAGCAGCCCAACAUGCCGAUUCCGCCGUCUGCUCUUGGUAGACGAUAACCCCAUAAAUCUAAAAAUGCUUUGCGCCUUUGCAAAACGCCUCGGCGUACCAUAUUCCAGUGCCACCGACGGCGCAGAAGCGGUGCGUCUCUAUCAAACCGCCACUGAGCAAGACGACUCAAAAGCAAGCUAUGACUGCAUUUUCAUGGACAUCAGCAUGCCAGUUAUGGAUGGCUUCCAGGCCGUGUCAAAGAUUCGUGAAAUCGAACACUGUUUGAUGGGAAAAGAGAUACCAAGACAGUUCAAUGACGCUGCGAAACAUGGUCUAGAUGGCACUCUAGAGGAAGAGAGAGGUACCCGGGCGUACAUCUUCGCGUUAACGGGUCUUGGUAGCGAGAAAGCGCGAAAGCAAGCGAAGAAUAGCGGUUUUGACGAGUUCCUUCUCAAGCCAGUGAGGUUCAAAGACGUCCUACCGUUGUUGGCACGUCUGCCGACUGCAUGA